AUGGAGGCCACCAACAAUUUCCGUCAGUCUCCGUCCAAGGGGGACCUCAACAACUCACCCUGCAACAAGCCUCAGGAUUUUCAUGUGCCUAUUGCCAAGAGCUUCUCUUUCAGCAUUCCUGAGAUCUGGAGACCGACGAAUCCCACUUUGCUGCGUUGGAUUGACAACUUGCCAAUCCCAGCAAAGAAAGAGGAGCCUUUAGAGCCCGCCUCCAUCCAGACACCGAAGCGCACGUUUGCUGCUGUCGAUACGGAUAUGGCACACGAUGAUAACAGCCACCGAAACAAGCGGGCAAGAGUGAGUUCAUUCAGAGAACGCUCUGCCGCUGAAGAACACCGUAGUAAACUGGCCAAAUCUGGCCACAAAUUAGCUCGUAGUGUCUCCAAUGUGUGUCGACGAGCUAUCAGCGCCAUCCAACCCCCUGACGAACUUUCCGACGAAGCCACAGUCUGUGAAUCGCCCUCUCUUCCCGGAACGCCGUCGACCGUCGUUGAUAGGCCACGCAUGAGAUUCGUUUUCGUCGGGGACUCUGGAUGUGGAAAGUCUACCAUGUUGCUACGAUUUUACCGCGAUGUGUUUACUAAGUCGUACGCGCCCACGCAGUACGAGUUGUUCAGCAAGACCAUAAUGGUAGAUGGACUAGACGUCGAUGUCGAACUUUGGGAUACAUGCGGAAAUAUCGAUCUCCACCAACUGCAGCUUCUCUCCUAUCUUGUCUGGGACGCCGUUUUCCUCUGCUUCAGCGUCACUGACGACGAAACUUUCGACAGCGCCCGUACCAAGUGGAUCUAG